AUGGCAGCAAUGAUGCGAAAAAUUGCAACUAUAGUAGUACCAACAUCUCCACAACUAUAUGAAAAAUGCAAUGAUCAAGUCAAUGUUAUUUUCCCAAAUCAGCAGAGGCAACAAUACAAUCCUUAUUAUAUUACUUAUAACCCAAGGUGGAGAGAUCAUCCAAGCUUCAACUAUGCAAACAAGCAAGUUGCAGUUCCAAGACCGGUUUUCAAUCGUCCUAGUGUUUUCCAACAACAACAACAACCACAACAACAGAUCGAAUCAUCUGGAGACAGUGGGAAACUCCCCUCUCAGCCACUUAAUCCAAGGGAGAAUUUCAACGUUUUAUUAUUUAGAAGUGACACACAAACUGUGCAACCAGAGGAUGUUGAGAAAAACAAAGACCCUAAGGGGUCGGUUUUGGAUAAAGAGAUUACUGACUCUUCUCAAAUCGAUCAGAUACCUAAAGGAAACUCUAAAACUCUUGGUUCUUCUUAUGUUCCUCCUGUGCCUUUUCUUCGCAUGUUUGCUAAUUCUAAAAAGGCAGAACAAGAUAAGGAGAUUUUAGACACUUUCAAGAAAAUUCAUGUGAACAUUCCACUGGUAGAUGCGAUUAAACAAGUCCCAAAGUAUGUGAGAAUUCUGAAGGACUUGUGUACCAAUAAGCAAAGAUUAACCGGUAAUGAGGUAAUCAAAGUAUGGGAGAAUGCUUCGGCUAUCUUGCAAAAGAAACUCCCACUUAAAUGUAAAGACCCCGGUAGGUUUGAUAUUCCUAUUGUUAUUGGUAAUACUAAGUUUAAUAAGGCUAUGCUUGAUUUAGGAGUAUCAGUAAAUGUUAUGCCUGCAUAUAUAUAUGAAUCUCUUAAUUUAGGGCCUUUGAAAUAA